UACAUGUACAACUCUAUCUAUACAACCAACCAAAUCAACAUAGUUUUUACAUUUCUUGUACAAAUGUCUUGAUAAUUAUCAGUGUAACAACAUAAUUUUAGUGCAAUGGCAGUGUAUUUAACUAAGUCAAUGCUAUCGAGACUGAAUAAAGAAAAAUAUUCUUCUAAUAUAUUUAAUGAAGAUGAAGGGAGCAGUAGCAGCAAUAGCUAUAGCAAUGGUGACCACUGGCAAAGGCUUAUGGAAGGAAAAAAGUCAGUUUAUCUGGCAAAGGAAAUGAUCUGCAGAGUCUGUGCUAAGAAUGGAUGUACACCACUAAGUGAGAAGACAGAUGGAUUUGAAAUUAUUACUGCACUUCGCAGUAUUACUAAUGUCUCUAUGACUUUAGAUGACUCCUUACCAAAAUACAUCUGUACAUAUUGUCUGGAUACACUAAAGGCUAUUAUGGCUUUUAAAAGAAAUUGUGAGAUGUCUGAUAGAAAGUUCAAGCAAAUAUUAAAUCCUAAUGGUGAUCCAUCAUUCCACUCAUAUCCAUACUCAAGGCAUGAUUUCCAACUGAUCUUGCACCAAAUGAAGUUGAAAAGAAUGAAGGUAGAAGAACAAAAAGAGAAGGAACGCAAGAAGAAAUUGAGACUGCGGCAGAAGAAGAUUCCACCUAAGAACAAGCAGUUCCGAUGCUCGUCUUGUGAUACGACUUUUCUUAAUAAGGAGAAGCUAAUGGCACACCGUCGCGACUGCAUGCGUCGGGCGUGCGAGCUGUGCGGGCAGCUUGUGCUGAGCAUCGCGCAGCACAUGCGCCACAGCCACAAGCAGUCCGUGCCUCACAAGUGCCCCACCUGUGGCAAGGAGUUCCCUGUCAUCGCCCGGUUAAGGAACCACAUGUUGGUGCACACAAAUACGUUUAAUUUCUUCUGCGACCUGUGCCCAUACAAGUGCAAGCACAAGUACUACCUAGUGAUGCACAUGCGGACUCACACGGGCGAGAAGCCUUACAAGUGUCCCGAAUGUCCGGCCACCUUCGUCAACCCCUCCAAUCUGAACAAACAUAAGCUUACUCACCAGGACAAACAGUUUAAGUGCGCGAUGUGUGAGAAGGCGUUUAGAACGAAGACAGCUCUCCGCGACCAUCACGAAGCGACGCACAUGAACAUCAAACACUCGUGCAACUUCUGUGGAGCGGACUUCUGUUACAAAUCUGAUUUAAGAAAGCACGAGAUACGAACACACAACCGCACGAAGCGGGACUAUAUCGGCGGCGAGCCGACUUACAAACAAGUGGAGAGAAUGCAGAAGAUGCAAGAAGAGACGGACGUAGACAAGUGGCGGCAAGAACAGCAGAUCAUAGUGACUCAAGCGCCUAUCCUCCAAACCACAUACAACAUCGAACAGAGCAAAGAAUUCGUACAAACCUCGCACCAGAUAUACUUCUCCGACGUCACCGCGAUUAUACAGCAACCGCAGAUGGGAACAAUUCCGCAACAGACUGUGCAGUUAUCAUUGCCCGAUUUGACGAUGAAGAAAGACGAAGUUAAACUUUACGAGGCCCAACAAGGAAUCGGAUACUUUUGAAACAAUAAUGAAAAGCAAUUAUUAAUCGAAUGUUAUAAAAUAAUAGAUACCUACAACUAUUACGGUUAUUAGCGUGUGAUUAUGAUUAUUAUAAUUAUUAAACUUUUAUAUACCUAGUUGAUUAUGCGCUCUUUAUUGUAAGUUAUGUAUUAUUAAAUAAUUUAUACAAUAAAUAGUAAUAAAUAAAAAUUUACAAUAA